UUGACAGCGCGUGCGGGCGCAUGGCGGUUCCUCGGUGCGUGAGGCCCUUGGGCGCCCCGCGCUGAGUCGCGAGCCGCCCCCCUCCCCGGAUGGACGCGCGGGCCGGGCUCCCGGUGCUGCCUCUUUCCGGGCGGGCUCCCCGGGGCCGCUGCUGGGCGCUGCCCACCGCGCUGCUCUGCCUGUACGGCUUCUUCGCCAGCCUGCGGCCCUCGGAGCCCUUCCUCACCCGCUACCUGCUGGGGCCGGACAAGAACCUCACCGAGACCCAGGUUUUCAAUGAAAUUUAUCCAGUAUGGACCUACUCUUAUUUGGUGUUGCUGUUUCCUGUAUUCCUUGCAACAGACUAUCUCAGGUACAAACCUGUAAUCCUCCUCCAGGGACUGAGCCUUAUAGUGACAUGGUUCAUGCUGCUCUACGCCCAAGGAUUGCUAGCUAUUCAGUUCCUCGAGUUCUUCUAUGGAUUGGUGACUGCUACGGAGAUUGCCUAUUAUUCCUACAUCUAUAGCAUUGUGGAUUUGAACUUGUACCAGAAAGUCACCAGCUACUGUCGAAGUGCCACCCUGGUGGGUUACACUGUGGGUUCCAUCUGUGGACAGGUUCUGGUAUCGGUUGCCAAUUGGUCUCUGUUCAGCUUGAAUGUCAUCUCCCUGACCUCUGUGUCUGUGGCUUUUGCCACAGCUUGGUUUCUGCCAAUGCCACAGAAAAGUCUUUUCUUUCACCACGUCUUGAGAAGCCAGGUCAGUAGGGAGAUGAAAGUUCUAGAUUGUAAAAAUGGAGUUGUCAUCGGAGAUGAUCCUGCCUUAAAAAGGGUCCCUGGGUGGGAAGACAUUGAAUCGAAAGUUCCCUUAAAUGCAGAAGAGCAUUCUGCAGAGACACAGGAGCAGAAAGUGGAUAUCUCAAAGGUGCUCAGAGAGUUAUGGCGGGACUUCCUGCAGUGCUAUUCCUCCCGGCCUAUGCUCUGCUGGUCUGUGUGGUGGGCAUUCUCAACUUGUGGCUACUUCCAGGUAAUAAACUACACGCAAGGCUUGUGGGAAAUGGUGCUGCCUUCUCAGAGGUUCGAGAUCUAUAAUGGUGGCGUGGAGGCAGUUUCUACGCUACUAGGAGCUGUUGCUGUAUUUGCUGUGGGUUACAUAAAAGUAUCCUGGGCUACCUGGGGUGAGGUGGCAUUGGCCCUGUUCUCCCUCCUCAUUGCUGCUGCUGUAUAUGUCAUGGACACUGUUCGUAACAUCUGGGUGUGUUAUGCCUCAUAUGUAAUCUUCAGAAUUGUCUACAUGCUGCUCAUCACAAUAGCAACGUUCCAAAUUGCUACCAAUCUAAGCAUGGAGCGGUAUGCCCUGGUGUUUGGUAUCAAUACUUUCAUUGCCUUGGCUCUGCAGACUUUGCUCACCUUGAUUGUUGUUGACUCCAGUGGUCUUGGGCUAAACAUAUUCACACAGUUCAUGAUCUACGCUAGUUACUUUGCAGCCAUAUCGCUGGUGUUCUUGGUCAGUGGCAUAUACAGUGUUAUGAAGAAUUACAGAAGACAGGAAGAGAUGCCAAGCAGAUCUACUGCAAGCCCUCCUUAGUGCAGCGAAUGAGGACAUAUUCAGCUGUGAUGUAUGAAGAUGAAGUAUUUAUUAGUGUCUUUGCCACUUGUUUUCCAAGGCAGUCAUCUGAAGUGUAAUUUAUACUAUAUUAGUAGCACACAUCAGAGGGAAAAUUAUUUAAUUAGAUCUUACGUAAGUAAGAAUAGACGUUCCUUCUCAAAUGCCUUUUUUUAUUGUUCAGUUCCAUGGGUACGGAGGUGCACUGAGGUAUCACAAGUUUGCUCAAGAGGUGAAAGGCUAGUGAAACCUGGGGCUCUCAAGAUCAUCAAUGCAAAUAAGGCUUUGUGUGUAUAAAUGCGCCCUCCAUCCACCUGUCAGUGUUUGAGCACGAAAAGCCUGGAGCUGCUGCAGGUCAUUUGUGAGGUUCACUAGCAGAGCUGUGUGUGUG